CCUGUUUUUUUUUUCUUCCGUUCAUUUCUCUGCAGCACUUUAGACGAUGAAGGGACAAACCUCCGACAGCAGAAACUGGACAGACAGCGAGCCCUCCUUGAACAGAAGCAGAAGAAGAAAAGGCAGGAGCCUCUAAUGGUCCAGUCCAACUUGGACGGGAGGUCCCGCGCUCGUCGGACCAAACAGAGCGAAGAGCAGGCCCCGCUGGUCGAAUCGUACCUCAGCAGCAACAGCAGCACCAUCUACCAUGUGCAAGAUCCUGAACGGGAGGAGGUGAAGGUGAUUUCGGACGCUCAGCUGCCUCGCUCAGCCAAAAAGGGCAAAGCAUCGGCCAGCUCCACUCCGCAGACCGGCAGUGAGAAGAAGGAGAGGAAGGGCAAACAUAAAGCGAUCAACAGCCCGGCUGCCCAGCAGGACGACAGUCAGAUCCAGAUCCUGACGGUGGGCCAUUCUGCUGCAGAGGAAGGCGAGGCAGAGCCGGUCAUGAGCUGCACGCAGUCACAGAGUAAGCAGGACCUUCGUGUCACCAUGCUGAAGAAAGGUAUUUCCAGCAGUAUGAAUUUUGAUGAAGAAGAGGACGAUGACGAUGAAAUUAGCUCAAGCUCGUCACAGCUCAACAGCAACACAAGACCAGGCUCUGCCACCAGCAAAAAGUCAUGCAAGGAGGUGGCCUCAGCACCCACUCCGCCAACAAAUGAACCUGCCAUCGAUGUCGAGGAUCUGGAGGAGUUUUCUCUGCGACCCGCACCACAGGGUGUCAGAGUAAAAUGCAGAAUCACCAGGGACAAGAAAGGCAUGGACAGGGGAAUGUAUCCUACCUACUAUCUUCACCUGGAGAGGGAGGAUGGCAAGAAGGUAUUCCUGUUAGCUGGAAGGAAAAGAAAAAAGAGUAAAACUUCCAAUUACCUCAUCUCCAUAGAUCCCACUGAUCUGUCUCGUGGUGGGGAGAGCUUCAUUGGAAAACUGAGGUCAAACCUCAUGGGAACCAAGUUUACUGUUUAUGACAAUGGUCUGAACCCCAUGAAGAGCACCACCAGCCUCGAAGCCAGCAAUCUUCGCCAAGAACUAGCUGCCAUUUGCUAUGAAACCAAUGUUUUAGGAUUCAAAGGGCCUCGCAAAAUGAGCGUCAUCAUUCCAGGAAUGAACAUGGACCAUGAGAGGGUGUCCAUCCGGCCGCGUAACGAGCAUGAGUCACUGUUGGCCAGGUGGCAGAACAAGAACACAGAGAGUGUGAUUGAGCUUCACAACAAAACACCUGUGUGGAACGACGACACUCAGUCCUACGUUCUCAACUUCCACGGCAGAGUCACGCAGGCUUCUGUUAAAAACUUUCAAAUCAUUCAUGACAAUGACCCUGACUACAUUGUGAUGCAGUUCGGCCGUGUGGCGGAGGACGUCUUCACAAUGGACUAUAACUACCCAAUGUGUGCGCUGCAAGCCUUUGCCAUUGCCCUCUCCAGCUUUGACAGUAAACUUGCCUGUGAAUAAACUCAAAUCUGAGGUUCAAAGAAGAGCUGAUCUGUCUGUCCUUAAGGGCUGCUUGUGUAUCCCUCGGGUUGGUUUGACAUCUUUAAAUCACCCAAUGCCCUGGAACUCCUGCAUACUGCGAAAUACAUUGCGGGCUUCAAGUCCUCGGUGUCUAUGUGUGCCUGCGGUCGAAAAGGGGUAAAUGGUUAUGAUCUGUGGAAGAAAACAAGCACAAAAAGUAAUCCACUGGUAAAAUCAAAGGAAUUGGUCUUGACUUAUAUUGUAAUUUUGCAUACUGCAACUGCAUUAUAAAAACCUGCACUGUUUCUUUACGUAGUAGCUUUAGAAGUUUAACAUUUCCUUACUUGUACAUUUUAACUAACAGGCACACAAAGAGUGUGUUUGAGCAACUCCGUAUAUUUUCUUUCUGUAGUCUACAGCACAGUCUCACAUGUCCUUGUGCAUGAAUUCAAAGAUAACAUGCUGAUCAGAGUAUUUUGUUAUUUCCAUAUUUCAUCGCAUGGUCAUUUUAUUUUCUGCAGUCAUUUGUAACAACUUCAUCAGUAUUGGCUGUUUUGGUGCCAAUACAAAAAAAAAAAAAAAAAUCACUUACUUCCAAAAGAAUCAAUUAGAGACUCCAACUUGAAAAGGGUAAAGGUAUGUUACACAGUGCCGUCUACCACUUAUUGUGUCACACUGUUCAAUGUGAAUGUACAGGAUGAUGGUGCACUUUACUUUGAAUUACGUGAUAGAAAGAUAUAUUGCUGUACAUACUUUAUUGUGCCUUUGAAGAUGAAAUCCAGUUUUAAAGUUUGGCCACAAAAUGACUUGAACUUGAAUUAAUCUUUGUGUUUCUUGCCAUCCUCGCGUUCACCGAAGGUAUUUCUCUAAACUUCAGUGUAUCUCAGAUAUAUGUUCAGUAUGGAUGAAUAGCAUUUGGCUACAGAAGAUUCAAGAUAGUUCAUUCCAAAGUUUCAGUCCGUCUGUAGGUAAAUUAUAAUUAGCUUCAGAAAUUCACUCUGCUCAUUUCCUUCAAAAUUCAUUAACACAGCAUGACCUACUGCCAACAAACAAAGAGAGUGAAUCCACCUUUUGUUUGAACUCAUAUCUUUCUCUUGACAUUUUCAUGAACUUUAUGCUCCAUUAAAGAGUUUAAUACAUUCCUCAUCUAACUGGCAGUAAAUCAAUACAUCACACACUGCUCACAUUUUUACUUGAAAUAUUUGUCCUCCUGCUUCUUCUAGGGCAGAGUCUCUUUUUGUCACAUGUAAAGUAGUAGAUUUUCUAUUUUACAACCAUUGAAAAAAAUAUAUGCUGAACGACAGCAAAGAACAAUCGCUGAUACCGCUAUUGUUACUGUGGGUUCUGAGAAGAUCUUUAACAAAUGUGCUAUUCUUGUACUCAGUUGUGUUCUAUUUGAAAUUUCUAUUUCCAAAUGGUUGAUACUCUUGCUGUAUAGUCUGCUUUUCUCACAUGUGUCCAGGACCCAGAGGUUCUGUCAUUUUCCGGUUUCAGUGCUCUCGUCAUUAUGUACAGUAAAUGGUGUACAAUUUUACUCUGAUGGUAUAAACAAAGUCCUUUGAUCAUGAGAAAAAUAAACUUACAAUCUGUCAAAUGAAA